AUGCAACGAGAAACGAACAGUACACCAUGGGGAUUUCGAAUGCAAGGUGGAAAAGAUUUCGGUUGUCCGUUACAAAUUCAAAAGAUCAAUCCCAACAGUUUAGCUGAACGUUGUGGAAUGCAACCGAAUGAUUACAUUGUAAAAAUCGGUCAAACAUCUACCGAAGAACUUAAACAUCCAGAUGCACAAGAAUUAAUUAAAAAUCAAAAUAAUACGCUUGAAUUAACUCUACAACGAGGUGCUCCACCCGACAGUAACGACUACAACAGCCAUGUUGAUUUUCCACCUCAUCAACUCAUGCAAUCAACAUCCAAUAAUCCUCCAUUAAAAUCUCAAUAUCAACCACGGACAUCGAAUCCGACACCACAGGUUGCAAUGCCAAUCUCGAACAAUCGUGCCAUCUUAAGCCAAUCUCAUAAUACACCAAUUGGAUUAUACUCAGCUGAAAAUGUAACCGAUACAAUUACCCAUACGCUUCGGAGUUCUCCAGUUCCUUUGCCUCAGAAUAAUAAUCGUAAAGCGUCGAAUACGCUCAUGUCUAGCGAUGUCGAAGAUCUGCAACAAAAAUAUUUAAGUAUGGAUUUACAAACAAACAAAAACGAAUCAAGGCAAGGACCUGCAUUUCGAGCACUUGUACGAGGACUUAAUGAAGCAGAUGAUACACCCGAUGCGUCAUCAACAAAAUCAAAUGCGAAUCAUCAACAGAUAACUAGUACAUCAACAAUCAAAGGUUUUCGCUAUACGUCUAAUCCUUUGAAUAUGGCACCCGAAUAUAAAGUCGAAGCACCAAAAAACUACAAUGAGUUUAAGGCAACAACUGCUCGAUCAAUGCCCAAACCAGCAUCGGCAUCUUCUCCUUACGAUUACUCACAAAAGCAACAAUCACGUCCAGCACCAUACAUGGUAUCCCCAGCUCCACCACAGCCACCGCCCACACAGCCAAAACUGAGUGCGGCUGGUAAACCCUCAUUCAAUAUAAAUGUGCAAGGCACACCAGGCUCAACGAAUCGUGUCUUUUUGAAAGGUAACAAAGGUAGUGCAUCAUUGAAUCCAAACGAUAAUAACACUCAAACACCCGUCUGUCAUGCGUGUGGAGCAACGAUCAGAGGACCGUAUAUCGCAGCUAUUGGUCAUUGCUAUUGUGUGAACCAUUUUACUUGUUCCAAUUGUUCAACAAACCUCAUUGACUGUGGUUUUGUCGAAGAGAAUGGAAAAUUGUAUUGUGAACGCGAUUUCGAACAGUUUCUUGCACCUCAUUGUGCAAAAUGCUCACAAUCGAUACUGAAAGAAUGUGUUCAUGCACUUGAAAAAACUUGGCAUCCCGAAUGUUUUACAUGUACAGCAUGUAAAAAAUCUAUUGGUACUGGCUCCUUUCAUGUUGAAGAUGGCGAUCCUUACUGUCUCGAAGAUUAUCGCCGCAUGUUUCAAGCGAAAUGUACCAGUUGCGAUUUUCCUAUCGAACCUGGUGAUAAAUAUCUCGAAGCACUAGGUGGCACAUAUCAUGUCGAAUGUUUCACUUGUUCGAUGUGUCAAGUGAGUUUAAAUGGUCAACCAUUCGUUGUGAAAAACGAUCGACCUUAUUGCCGUUUGCAUGGACGUUAA